AAUGCAUGAUAUCAAUCUUUCAUUGUUUUAAUUUUCCUAUUUGCCGUUAGAGGAUUAAAAUUCUGUAAUAAUGUCUUGUUAUUUUGCUUAUAGAUUAGCAACGCGCUGCAAUAUUGUUAACUUAUCCUUAAAUUCGAAAUAUAUAUUCAUAUGUAUGUUCAAAAUUGAUCCUUCUUCAAUUAGAACUGUUUUGUUACAACUUUGUCCCUUUAAAUUUUGGAACAGUACGAAAGCUAUUCUUGUUUAUAAAUAUUUGACCGUUGAGAUUAAAAGGACAUGUCAACGUAUAUUCAUAAAACUAAAGACGUUCUGUAUGCCUUAAUAUAUUCCCCUCACAUUUAUACAGCGAAAUGUUUUUUAACUCAGUUAAAUAUUUAAAUCUUUCAUAUUUUCUGUGUAUAUUUUUUGUUUCAUUCACUAAUUUAUCCUGCAACAAAAGCUAUUAACAUUACACACUAGGUGAACAGAUGGAGAUAUUAAUAUAGAUUAUUUUCAGAUCAUAUAAGACUCAAGGGCAGUGAAACCUUUUUAGAAAGAAAACAUUUCAUGCUAGCUUUAACAACUAACAAGGCAUGCAUGAAUUCCUGCAAAAAAGGCCAGCGAAAAACAAUGCAUAAUGAGGUUUGUUUGUAUUCUACACCUUGUUUUGCAUAGAGCAGGCACAUGAUAAAAUUGGUUGCUGAUCUUAUCAACUUUUCAGUCAACCUGCAUUUACUGUAAAAGCAUGGUGUAAUUUCCAUUGACUUAUACAUCUAAGAUCUAACCAUUCUGAAAUACAUUGGAAAUUACCAUUGAUCAUACAUGAACCAUACAUUGAUCAACUGUGAGUACGGCAUGCAUGAGUCAGUAUGACUAUAUGAACUACUGUUGCUAAUUUUUACCACUAAAAGUUUAUAUACAACAAUAGAUCAUUUAGCCCAUUUCCUGGCUUUAUAUAUUUUUUUCAACAAAUUUCUAAAAUAUUUUUUUCAACAAAUUUUAGUUGUGAGGAAAUACAAUAUGUUGCUACUGUAAAUAUUAUUGUCUCAGAGGUGUGAGUAUUUUUCCCAGCAGGUGGCCCAUGCUCCAAGAUACAAUAAUUAAGAUGAUUUCCAUCAAAUGUUUGAUUUAUUUUAGGUUGAACAUGAUCAGCCAACAGUAGCUGCUGUGAUGGCAAUUUUUUGUUGUAUUGAUCUCAUUGUUCCACUAUCACUGAAUCUGUGGAAAUGACUGAGUUUAUUUGAUAUACAACUGUUGGGUAGAAUUGGAUGCAAUUUGCUUACAUACAAGUGUCUCAGAAUGUAGUUUUUGUGAUACAAAUUUGAGCGCUGUUCUUGGCAAAAUUUGGUCUGUUUUAAAACUAAUUAAAUUUUCUGGGGACAAUGGGUACAGACAGAGUACCUCAAGUGAAACAUGGUCAUAUUGUAUUCGUUGGUAGCAAAGGAAGCGGCAAGACUAGUUUGUAUCAAUGUUUAAAAUCUCCCAAUCCACAAGUCAUUGAUGGUCCAAAUUGCUCAAUCUUAGUUGAAGAUUGGCGACCAUUUAGCAGUGAAAGUCCAGUUUCAGACGAGUGUCGCGAAUAUUUUAAUGGUAAUUUAUCGGAAAAAGACUUGGAUGCAAGCGUGACAGUUUGGGACAUCUGUGGGCAUGAGGCUUUAUGGACAACCCAACAACUAUGUAUACCUGAAACUGCCUUGUUUGUCUUGGUUUUUAACGUUCGUAACCCCAGGGAUGCGAGACUUUUGCCGCAAUGGGUUCAAAUGAUUCAAUCCAAGUCUUUAAAUGCAGAGGUAAUCAUUGCAGCCAGCAAUUGUGAGAUUUCCGAAGAUCCAGGUCAGAGAAUUACGGAUGAAGUGCAAAAAAUGGAAAAUGCUGUACUCGAUGAAAUUAACCAAGAAUUGACAAUUUUGAGGGAGCUUCAGUCAAAUAUCUGGGUGAAGAGUCGCAUUGAAAAGUUGGAAAGACUCGUGGAUAAUAGACCAAAUGUUUGUUCAACAGUGUUUCUUACGAGUGCCGUUACAGGCAAGGGAUUGUCAGAACUCCGACGCACGAUACUGAAUCAUUUCUUUAUCAAUGGGAAAUCUCAAGAUGUUCACAAUCUCAAUGAACAGGAAUUUAAUUUGAUUAAGAAGUUGCGACCGUUGCAUGAUGGGAAGGGCAUUGUAAUGUCUGGUCAAGAUUAUAAGACAAUGACGUCAGAACUUGGUUUCCAGGACGAAGAGAAAUUAGAGUCCGUGACCCAGCGCCUGGUGCAGAAAGGUGUGCUGGCCCGUGUCAACAUUGCAGGGACGUUUGGGGAGAUAGAAAACAAAAUAAUCAUUACAGAUCCAUGCUGUUUCGCUAACGCAUGUGCGAUGAUUCACAGAGAUGAGAACCCGCAAGAUUUCGUUAAUAAACUCCAGAAAUCCAACUUAGUUCAGAGAUUUUGGCCAACUUCUACCAGAGCUAAUGACUGGACGUUGCGUUCAGCCAUUGAUGAUGUUGUUAGCAGAGGAAUGAUCAGAGAAUCUUUCCUACCACUUUGUUGGCAGAUUUGGAACAUGAACGAAGAAGAUGUUAAACAACUUCUUCCAGCCAUGUUGCAACUUGGUGUCUUGGUGGAUGGAGCGCCAAAAGCUGGCUAUGAAAUUGAACUGGCUCUAUCAUACUUCAAAAAUCUUUCUGUAACCAAGCGAUACCAUCUACCCCUGCUACUGAAGUUGCCCGCCAAACCGCCCUCUGAAAAAUGGCCAAACUCAGCCCCAAGCUCGUCUGUUGAAGUGAAUUGGCAGUACCAAUUUCAACAUGGUUUUUGCGACGAUAUGAUAUUUUGUAUUCUCGCAGCCAUCAAGAACUCUAAACUGCCGAAAACUGUAAUUGCCUUUUGGCAAACUGGCUUGGUUCUUAGGCAUGGAGAGGUCGAAAUUAUGAUAGCAUCAAAACCUCGUGUAUUUCAUUUCACGGCUCGUUGUAAAAUAACAAACAGCAACAAGCAAGCAUUGAAUAUGACGUGGGCGAGUUUGUCAGGAUUUAUCAAUAUUACAGAAUGUUAUUUAUCCAAUUUCCCUGGUUUGUAUUACCAAUUUGGUAGUUCAUCAGUCGUGAAUAGUUCAUCAAGAAGCAUCCACCACUUACUCUCAGAAUAUUGCUCGACUGAAAAAUCUAGUGAAAACCUGUGGCUUAUUCCUCCAGUCGAUUUUCAAAAGAAAGAAGAAUCAACGAUUCCUUUGAAUUUACGGACUUGGGUACAACGAUUAUCAGAUCAAUCCAGUAUUUGUAUUAUCCACGACGAAAGUCACGCAGAGGAAGCAGAAGUUCUGAGAACAAACCUAGAGGAAGCUGGUUUGAAUGUACUUCUUCAGCCAUGUUUAAAACUGGCGUCUUCAGAUAUGGAGCAUAUCUUGCAGCGGUGUUCUGUCGUCAUAGUGCUCCUAACAAAAUUAUACAUAGAAGAUCCACAAUUUCAAGAAAAUAUUCAAGUCAUCGAAAGUCUAAAUAGACCUGUUAUUGGGGCCUAUAUUGAAGCGGAUUUGAAUUGCUCCUUACUUCACACUACAAACUUAAGUUCGGGAUCAGGCAUUGGUAGUGCCCAUAUAUUUAACCUCCGAAGAACUUCAGAGACUUAUACGUGAGUGUCGUGAUCUUAUUUUCGGGACUGGAGAUAUAGAACCUCCUUCUGAGUGCACCGGAGACCCGGUACUUGUAACUGACGGAGUUGUUGAUUCGACUUCAGUGAGCGAUAAGUCACCUUGGUCAGAGAUACCACAUUCGCCCGCGAUGGACAGUGAUCAGCAACUGGAUGAACUUAAGAAAAAACACAACGUGAAGUUUGAAACCGAUCACAUGUCUGAUCAAGUGACUACAGAGGACCCUCAGAUCAAACCGUUAGCAGCUUGUACUGUUGCGGCUGCAAUGGUCGGGGCAGCGGCUGAACAUUUAAAUUUAAACAGAAAGGCAAGUUCUGCAGGUAUGCGGGCUGCAAAUGCGACGGCAAAAGUGGCGCGGGCGGUUGCCCAUGGUGAUGCUGAUGCUGCAACAGAUGCUCUAAAUGACGUAGUUAAAAUCGUCGAUGGUCUCUCGAAUGCACUCAAACAAAAAGAUAAUGGGCACGAGUCGGCUAGGUCUGCGAAAAGCAAAACAUGUGUUGUUUUGUGAAAUAUCUAAGUAAAAUACUGUACACAAUGCGAUAUUAUUUAAGAUCAGGGUUUUAUUUGUAUAUACAUAACUAUAUGGUUUUAGAGAACACCUGCGAUGACUUUUUAAUUAGUAGGAAAAGCGCAGUUGUUGAGCGUUUGAACAAUGGCAAAGGUGCAAUUGUGUUUAUUAUUAGUGAAUUGUUAUAAAAACUGUGGUGGCAACCUCGUACCAGGACAUGGAGGUUGUAAGAGAGGUUGUUGUGGUCCAGGGGCGUAGGAACUGCGGGCCGUGUAACGCUGCGCCUUAUAAUUCAAACUUUCAACAUUUUGAAAUUCAAACUGAGUAUUUGAAAUUGUGUAUAGGCUGUAGUACCACAUACACUUGGUACGUGCUCUGAAAACAACCAUUUCCGAGGAUGUAGAGAUUAAAUUUGAUUCCAUAGUGGGCGCCCCCCCCCCCUCUCGGUAAUCAGUCCUACACAUCCUACGCCCCUGUUUCGUUCCUGUAGCGACAGAAAUCUCGGUGUGAUGGGUCUCACACAUACUACCGUGAAAUCCUAUCAUUCCUCCACUCUUUAUUGUUCAUAAUGCUAUUGUAGAUAACAAAUAUAAUACUAAG